AUGCCGACGAAGCGUAUCAUAAAAAGUUGCACUUGUACUUCCAAAUCGCAAAAGAGUAAAUCGAAUCACGACUGCUGCAGAUCUCACGGUCUCGGCUCUAUCCUUUCCAUAUUUCUUGCUGGUGGUGGUUCCGCCAUUGCUUCAGCGCAAGGUGUCAUCUAUGCACGGGGCAAGAAUGGACUCACUGCCUUUGUCCCGAUUAUCGUUUCGGGUGUUUUUGCCAUUUGCGGCAUCAUCGCUUCUCUGCUGCUUGUUGGAAACAUGGGGAAUGCUUCUGAGGAGAUGACCGAAGUGAACGGCUAUCGCCCAUCUUUCUGCCGGCUUGUCGGUUGGUCUGGCAUGCCUAGUGAGUGGACUUGGAAUCGCCAAUUUCUUGAAAGACCUCAACAAGGAGGAUGCCAUUGUAAACCAUGA